AUUCUUUUUAAAGUGUCUGAAAGUAUGUGGCGCCAUAUAUGUUUCCUGUUUAUUGCUACGCGUGCUGCCUAUUCAAAUACAAUUUUGGUAAACACGCCUGUUGGGCUUAUUAGAGGUGCUAAAGCAAUAGAUGGUGAAUACUACACUUUUUUCGGUAUACCCUAUGGGUCAGUGAAUAGAACUAAUUUAUUUGGGGCACCCGAAAAAUAUCCGAAAUUUGAUUAUAUAUUUGAAGCAUUCCAUGACUCGGCAAUAUGUCCUCAAAUCCAAAACAAUGUACUUCAAGGAUCAUCGGACUGUCUUCAAUUAAACAUCUUUGUACCAAUAUCAGCAAAUAUCAGCCAUCGACUUCCAGUUAUGGUCUAUAUCCAUGGUGGCAGUUUCAUUGAUGGCUCCAAAUCUAGUAAAACCUAUGGACCAAAAUACUUAGUAAAACAUGAUGUGAUUUUAGUUGUGAUCAACUACAGAUUAGGACCAUAUGGUUUUAUGUGUUUGGAUAUUCCUGAAGUACCAGGUAAUCAAGGACUGAAAGACCAAGUAUUAGCGUUGAAAUGGAUCAAACAAAACAUUGAAUCAUUUGGAGGUGACGCCACAAAAAUAACUGUAUUUGGUAUAAGUGCUGGUGGACAUUCCAUUGAAUUUCACCUGUUGUCUGAUAAUGAGAUACUUUUUAAUAAGGCUAUUUUACAAAGUGGAAGUGCAGAAGCAGCCACAGUUUUUACAGAUCAUGACAAAAAUGCUCCUAUUAGAAUAGCAGAAAGGCUUGGAUUAUCCACAAACUCUUUGACGAAAGCGAUAACUUAUCUUUCAUCAUUACACACAAAUGAAGUUAUUCAAGCAUCUAAUGAUCUGUCUAUAACUUACAAACCUUGCGUGGAACAAAAAUUUGAGGGUGUCACACCAUUUCUAACAAGACAUUGGGUAAAUGCAGAUAUUCCAAAAGUAAAAGAUAUGCCAAUUUUGUUGGGAUUUUGCGAGCACGAACUUCUUUUACAACACAUAAAUUCAUCCAUUUCAGAAUUUCCAGCACUUAUUCGCAAUAGACUCAGAAAUACGUUCAACUUUGACAAUGGAAACCUAAUAAAAGCCCAAGAAAUUAUUCAGAAUUAUUAUUUAAACAACAAAAAUGUAAACACCGAUUUACCUAUAGCGGCAUAUUUUGAUUCCGACUUUACUUAUAUUCAUCCCAUUCAAAGAAGCAUAAAAAAGUUUUUGAACAGUAAACCUAAAAGUUUAUUCUAUUAUAUGUUUUCCUACAAUGGUAACAGAAAUUUGGCAAAGAUUACCAAGAAAGUAAAAUUUGGCAGUGCCGUUCACGCUGAUGAUGUUGGUUAUCUUUUUGAUGUAGAUUAUUUGGUAGACGAACAUACUCCUGAGGAUAUGUUAGUAUUAGAUCGUAUCACAACCAUGUGGACCAAUUUUGCAAAAUAUGGUGAUCCAACACCUGACACCUCAGAAUUGCUGGAAAUAAAAUGGACGCAGCUAUCAAAUGAAAGGUACACUUAUUUGAACAUAAACUCAAUUUUAGCUAUGGGACAAAGACCAGCUGCAGAUAGAAUGACAUUCUGGGAUGAUUUUUAUAUCAAUAACAAGAAGUAUCAAAAAGGAUUUCAAGAUGACUAAAGUGACAAUACUUAUUAAACAUUAUUGUUAUAGAUAUAUAUAUAUAUA